AUGUCGGGCGACCCUCAGGAAACGUGGCGGCGACUCCAGCAGACGCUGCAGAACGCACAGCAGCAGGGAAAGAAGUUCGGCGGCGGAGGCGGCAACCCAAGGGGUGCUAUCGGAGGCGUGCUUGGGCUGGCGAUACUGGGAGGUGGUGCGGUGCUGCUGAACAACUCGCUCUUCAACGUUGACGGUGGUCACCGAGCUAUCAAGUAUACCAGGAUAGGAGGUGUCAGCAAGGAGAUAUAUAGCGAGGGAACCCACUUCCGGAUACCGUGGUUGGAGACGCCCAUCACCUACGAUGUUCGAGCGAAGCCCCGCAACGUCGCAUCUCUCACUGGCACAAAGGAUCUUCAGAUGGUCAACAUCACCUGCCGUGUGCUCUCGAGGCCGCGUGUCGAUGCGCUACCGCAAAUCUACCGUACACUCGGGACAGACUACGAUGAGAGGGUGCUGCCAUCAAUCGUGAACGAGGUGCUGAAGAGCGUGGUUGCGCAGUUCAACGCCAGCCAGUUGAUCACUCAGCGUGAGAACGUCUCCAGGCUGGUCCGCGACAACCUUGUAAGGAGAGCCGCUCGGUUCAAUAUCAUGCUGGAUGAUGUGUCCCUGACGCACCUCGCUUUCUCGCCCGAGUUCACCGCCGCCGUCGAAGCCAAGCAGGUCGCGCAGCAAGAAGCCCAGCGUGCCGCCUUCGUCGUAGACAAGGCCAGGCAAGAGAAGCAGGCCACGGUCGUCCGUGCCCAAGGUGAAGCCCGGUCAGCCGAGCUGAUUGGUGACGCCAUCAAGAAGUCCCGCACCUACGUCGACCUCCGAGAGUUCGAGAAUGCUAGGAACGUCGCGCAAAUCCUGGAGCGCAGCCAGAAUAAGGUAUAUUUGGACGCGAGUGGGCUUGGUCUUAAUAUCAACCAGUCACAACUGGACAAGGAUAGGAAGGCUGCACAGAAGUGA